AUGAAUAUUAUUUGGAAUUUUCUUCUUCUUGUUGUAAUAGUUAAUUAUUCUUAUGAACGAGAUGUUGUUAGAUGGGUUAUAACAAAUGAUCAAACAAUUAUAGACGAAUCUCUGAAGCAAUCUCUUAGACAUAUGAAUCUUGGUGGAAAUAUUUAUACUUUAAAAUCAAAAGUAACAAAUAUUAUUUGUAAAAGACGAUUCUUCAAUGGAUUUCGCAUUAAACUGUAUUUCAAACUUGAAGAUCAAAUAUGGAAAUGUUUUCUUUAUAAAGCGCCUGUUGAAACACUUGGUAUACAAUGGGAGAGUUGUACACAAACACUAGACGAUGAUUCACGUGAAGAAGUUCAAUCACAGCAAUCUAAUAAAAUAAUUCCAGAAGAAUCACAAGUAAAUAAUGACGAUAAAGUUGAAGAAGAAGAUGAUGAAGCCAAAAUUGAUGCACUUAAUCAAAAAGUACAAGAAAAAGAGACAAAUAACGAUAAAGCUGAUAUUGAUAAUAAUAAUCAUCAAAUACCUAAUGAAGAUAAAGAUAAUCAACAAGAUUUUGAACAAAAUGCAAAUAGGGAUGAAAAUAUCAAUGAUGAACAAGUUGCUAAUGAAAAUAUGAAUAACAAUGAAGAGAACUCUGAUACAAAUAAUAUUGGACGAAAGAAAGAUACUGAUGAUGACAUACCUAAUAAAGAUUCAGAUAAUGAUAACCUAAAUGCUCAAGAUAAUGAUCAACAGGGGCAGCAAGAAAAUAACAAUCAUCAAGAAGAAAUACCUGAUAGAAAUCAAAAUAACGAUCAGGAACAAAACCAGUGA